CUUGCGCCUAUUAUGAGAUACCAAUCACCAUUUAUUUCUCCUCCUUUCACCCCCUAAAAGGAUUUGAUUCUGACUUAGUAGAGCUCGUGCGCUGAUUGAACUAUUGGAAGUAGUGUUUAGUUUGGGUGAUCGAUCGAUUUCGAUCGAUCAAGAAGAAAGAAAAUGGGGAACGAAUUGUUGGCUUUUGUGGUAAUGGUGAUUGUGCAAUUAGGUUUUGCUGGAAUGAUAAUAAUAUCAAAGUUAGUGAUGGAUGGUGGCAUGAAUCCUUUUGUUCAGUCAGCUUAUAGGCCUAUUUUUGCAACUAUCUCCAUUGCUCCCUUUGCUUUCUUCUUAGAGAGGAAAAAUAGAUCCAAGUUGACAUUCUCAAUUCUUUUCCAGAUAUUUUUGUGUUCUAUUUUCGGGAUAACAGCGAACCAAUAUGCAUGGUUCAUUGGGUUAACGAAUUCAACUCCAAUAAUUGCUUCCGCCAUUGAUAAUCUAAUCCCAGCUUUUACCUUUAUCAUAGCCGUACCCUUGGGGAUCGAAAAAUUGGGAUUAAGAAGUAUAGCAGGACAAGCCAAGUUAUUGGGGACAAUAGUAUGUGUUGGAGGGGCAAUGUUAUUGUCAUUAUAUCAUGGAAAAGUUGUUAUUGGUCAAUUGGGAUUUCACUGGAAAUAUGCAGAAAAUACAGACAAAGAUGUCAAUUCUCCCCAUUCCAACUUCUUUUUUGGACCUUUUCUACUUAUAGUGUGCAGUCUGUCUUAUGCCAUUUGGUUAAUCAUUCAGACAAGGGUAAACGAGAAGUAUGCAGCUCCCUACACAUGCAUAACGUUGAUGUGCUUAAUGGCAAGUGUGGAGAGUGUUAUCAUUGGCUUUUGCGUCGUUCCUAAACUUUCUGAAUGGGCUUUAAAUCCCAUUAGAGCUAUCUCUGUUGUCUAUAAUGGGGCUGUGAGUACAUCGCUGGUAUUUUUUCUGAGCUCAUGGUGCAUUGAGAAAAAAGGUCCUUUAUAUGUCUCAAUGUUCAAUCCAUUGCUGUUAGUUAUUUCCGCAUUUCUCAGUUGGACUUUGCUUCGUGAGAAAUUAUACCUUGGCGUAGUUUUAGGGUCAAUCGUAGUGGUGGCUGGGCUCUACGGCUUUUUGUGGGGCAAAAAGAUGGAGACAAGUGCAGAGGAUAUUGAAGUAAAUAAAGAAAAGAUGAAUCAGUUCAGUAAAUCAGUUGAUUUGGAAUUACAAUUAUCCAACUCUAAUGAACAGAUAUCAUCAGAAUUAGCCAAAACUAAACUAUGAGUACAAUUUAUGUAUAUGAUUAUGUAUUGGACAAUAUAUGAAAACCAUCUACUUUUCAUAUCGGUCAUAUAUAUGGAGUAUUUGCAAGUUGGAGUACUACUUGUAAUAAUAAGUAGAAAUGUAAUUUUAAUUUAAUAUGCUGACAUUUUUAAUGAAAAAUAACACACGAGAAAUCUUUACAA